CUUUCGUCGAGUCGUGUCGACACAAGACACUCGGAGCAAGCUCCUUCGACGCGAACUGACGUCGUCCGAGGAAUCGAUACUGUUAUAUCCACGCCCGGCGCCACGUACCUGGUUCUCGAGGUUUGCCGCUCCUGUCGGUCAUCCCAUACUGCAGUCAGACUCUGCUGUCAAAAGCUCGCCAUCAAUGAGACAAUCCUGGACCCUGGCGGACCCUGAUCGCUUGUCUAUUCCUUACCAGUACACCUUAUAACAUGAGACGUAACAUCUUGCCGGCAUCCCUGGCUUCAAGUCAAACAAAGAUAGCUCCAUCUGCGCCAUCUCCGACUGUAUCACAAUGGCAACCCGCCAAGUUGAAAAAGCUGGUGGGUGCAGCUUGUGAGUAUUGUAGAAAGAGAAGGCGAAAAUGUAAUGGAGAGCAGCCAUGUCCGCUUUGUGUGGAAAACAACCAGCAAUGUACCUACGAGGUACGGAAGGCAGAAACUCACGGACAAGCCUUGAAACGAAAAUACGCACAAAUGGAACAAGACCACAACUCACUAAAAUCCCUGUUCGGGAUCCUUGCUUCUGCCGACAGUCAAAAAAGUCUUGAGAUCCACAAUCGCAUAAGAAGUGGACAGUCUCCGGAAACAAUCUUGCAACAGAUGAGACAUGGAGAUAUGAUCAUACAAACCAGACUCAACUCAGAGCUUCAUGCACAGCAUGUCUUGUUGAGCAGCCUCAUGCAGUCGAAUGCUUCUUUCGAUGAUAUGGUUGAUUUCAUCGCUUUCUCCGUAGCGAGGAACCCCAAUGCAAGAUUGCCGAACGCUGCAUUAUUACGGCAACUCAGGGGACAGCAGACAGACCUUAAAGGCAUAAGGAAUCUUCUGGGCUAUACACAACCGCCACCACAGCGUCGAAUAGCUAUAGCAGAUCUUCUCAGUGAUCAAACGAGCUCUUCUUCUGAAUCUGGACGGUCCAGUAUGGACGAACCAGAUAAUGAAGACAUCAGCAAGACCCCCAUGGAACCUCCUUUCAGAGUUCCUGCGAAACCAUGGACCACACUUACAGAUGAUGAUGAGUUUGUGUCCCAUCUGAUUUCUCUGUUUCUUGAAUGGGUAAAUCCCUUUUUUCGCCCCCUUGAAGAAGACUUGUUCAUACGAGCUAUGCAAUCUGGCGACUUGAACUCCGAAUAUUGCUCACCACUUCUGGUCAACAGUGUACUGGCUUACGCUUGUCUCUACUCAGAACAGGAAGGCGCUUUUUUCCAGCCAGAUGACUACAUGACGCGGGGUCAACACUUCCAUGAUGAGGCGUUUCGACUUUGGCAUCUUGAAGAAGGAAGAGCGUCCAUCCGAAAUGUGCAAGCACUUUGUAUCCUGUUCGCCAACUGUGUGAUUAGAGGCAAAGACAAGCUGGGUGUGAGCACUUGCGCCGUAUUAACACAGCUCAGCCGAGAUGUACCCAACACGCUGCAACGCCCGUCUGGACCGACACCGACGUUAGAAGAAAAGACAGAGUACCAGAGAGCAAGAAAAGCUGUCGGGUGGGGUGCAUUUGCCUGUGACAUGGCAACCGCAAAUACUAUUUUACAACCAGCAUGGCAUACCACAUGCAAGGAAGACCUUCCUACACUGUCUGAGCUAGCCCCUCUCACAACAACCUGGACCGGGUAUCCAUUGCAUAACAAGAGCGACUAUCUCGACAAGAACAUUAUGUUCAUACAGAAUUGCCGACUGCUUCAGUUGACCUGGCGAGCCCAGCGUCUUCUGUACGCUUCAGAUCGAAGUGACCCAUACUUCUUCAAUCACGUUGACCAAUUGACACAAGAGAUGCUGGUAUGGAAAGAGUCAUUACCAGAAAGUCUCCAAUUCCACGGACGCCUGCCAGGACCAGUGUAUGAUCUCUAUUCCUGCUACGCUAGCGUGACAAUCGCAUUACACUCCCUAUACCAACCCCUCGGCGACGCCCAAACCUCACCACCACAACCACCACCGACAGAACCAUCAACCUCCGCCUCAGAAAACCAAUAUCCGUACUAUGCCCCGAGAACUCAACUCGAUAUAGAUUCGCAAGCCCUUUUCGCUCACACCAUGCGCGCCCGCGCCAUAACCACCGCCCAAGACAUGGCCCUAAAAAUGGGCAAUUUCCGCCACCACUACGGUCUCAAAAUUAUCCCUCCCUAUUUCGUCCAAGCCAACGGCAUAGCCUGCUUCACCCUCCUCCAAGACCUCUCCACCCCAUCCUCCACCGCCUCUUUCAAAGAAGCAUUUCGCUGCCUCCUCGGCGCCGGCAUGCAGCUCCUGUGGGCGCGCGGAAUGGCCAGAAUGCUACAUUUGACGGCCAAAAAUACUGGAAUCCAAUUGCCGGGGGUUAUCGAGACGAUGUUGGAAAAGGUUGCGGAUACGGCGUGGAGUAAAAGUGAUGCGGAGAUGUUGAGUUCUUGUUGGCCCAAUUAUGUCAUUGCCAAAGAGGCGAAAGUCGGGGAAAGUGUGAUGAUGGAGGAUUUGAUCAGGAAGUGGGAGAAACUUGCCGUGGACGAGGAGGAAGGGAAGAUUAGCAAGUAAUGCGGAUUAUUUAACUCUAAUCACAUUUUACAGAUAAGUCUUGUGCGUCUUGAGAAACCUAACAGUGGACUUCUCAAUAAGACUUUUGUUUCUUUCCAUAGCUUUGUUCAAUGCAUACCUGGUCAUCCUAGGACCAAUCAUGUAAGAUAUCAGAAAGGCACAUUUCACCCCUCACCAUGCAAUAACAAUCCUCCCCC